AAUUACCUAGGCUUGCUUCAUCAGCUUUAAUUUAGAGCUAUCCAUUAGUUUCCCCAAGCUCAGAGAUAGCUUAGCUUCUAGCUUCAAUGGCCAUUACCCUUCCCAAUAUGGUUUUGUCCCUAAAGGGACACCGCCACAGUACUCCGUUCCCAUCCAAAAAACCACCACCAUCUCCACUUCUUCGCCGGAAAAAUCUAUUCCAAGGGGCUGAGACACCACCACCAGUAAUCCCCAAGGUUCUGUCUAAGACAACUGGGUCCAUGACCUCAAUCAUCAAAGAGCUUGACAGAGAAGAACAAAAAGAGAAAGAGGAAGAGCAGAGUAAUGAGAGGAAACUCUCAGACUAUUGGCGUGAGAUCCAAGGCCAAGACGACUGGGUUGGUAUGCUAGACCCAAUAGAUCCUCUCUUACGAUCCGAACUGAUACGAUACGGCGAAAUGGCACAAUCCUGUUACGACGCUUUCGAUUUCGAUCCUUUCUCCAAGUACUGUGGCACUUGCAGAUUCAUUCGGCGUAGGUUCUUUGAUAGCCUUGGCUUAACGAGUUUAGGCUACGAUGUGACUCGGUACCUCUACGCAACAUCAAAUAUCAACCUCCCAAACUUCUUCAAGAAAUCUCGGUGGCCUAAAGUUUGGUCUCGAAACGCUAAUUGGAUCGGUUACGUGGCUGUGUCAAACGACGAAACAUCGGAACGGUUAGGGCGUCGCGACAUUACAAUUGCUUGGAGAGGAACAGUGACACGGCUUGAGUGGAUCGCUGAUCUGAUGGACUUCCUUAGACCCAUUUCAUCAGAUAAGAUUAUACCUUGUCCUGAUCCAACGGUUAAGGCUGAAGCAGGUUUCCUAGAUCUCUACACUGACAAGGACGAGAACUGCCGGUUCUGUAAGUAUUCGGCUAGAGAACAGAUAUUGACGGAGGUCAGGAAAUUGAUAUACCAGUACCCAAAUGAGGAACUUAGCAUCACGAUCACAGGACACAGCUUGGGAUCCGCAUUGGCGAUACUGAGUGCAUACGAUAUUGUGGAGACUGGUCUGAAUCUGACUGACGAUGGUCGAGCCGUACCGGUCUGUGUGUUCUCUUUCUCUGGGCCCAGGGUCGGGAAUAUACGGUUCAAAGAACGGUUGGAGGGAUUGGGUGUGAAGGUGUUGAGGGUGGUGAACGUACACGACACCGUUCCAAAAGUUCCUGGUCUGUUUUUUAACGAACAAGUACCGAAGCUGGUCCAAAAGAUGGCGGAGGGGUUACCAUGGUGUUAUUCGCACGUGGGAAUUGAGCUUGAGCUUGAUCACAAGAACUCUCCUUUCUUGAAGGACGCAAGUGCUCCUACCAAUUUCCACAACUUGGAAGCCCACCUGCAUUUGCUUGACGGUUACCAUGGAAAAGGCAAGAGAUUUGUGCUUUCUAGUAAAAGGGACAUUGCUCUAGUGAACAAGGCUGCUGAUUUCUUGAAGGAUCACCACUUGGUCCCUCCCUUUUGGAGGCAAGAUGAGAACAAAGGGAUGGUGAGGAACCAAGAAGGACGGUGGGUCCAACCUGAAAGGCCAAAACUUGAUGAUCAUCCACCUGAUAUGCACCAUCACAUCAAACACUUGGGUCUACCUUCCGACUCAUAAUAGAAGAGUACUGAACAUAGUCAUAUCUCUCUCUCUCUCUCUCUCUCUCUCUCUCUCUCUCUCUCUCUCUCUUUCUCUCUGAUUACAAUGUUCAACAUAUUUAUGGGAAAGAAUUCCUACAAGGGGUGUUGAUGGAAGAGGCUAAGAGAAUGUAGAAUGUAUGUAUCAAAACAAGAUGAAAUCAAAGGUGUAGUUUGUAAGUUUUUGUCUAGAACCUUUGUGGCAUCUUCAUGGCCAGUUAUAGAAAUGGCAGUGCAAGUACCUUGCCAUGUUAA